CGGGGCUACGCAGAACCCGGGCGGCGGCGGCGGCCGGGGCAGGAAAUAGGGGCUGAGCCCCGCCAGCGCGAGAUCCCAUCCCAGACCGGGUCCCCGCCGAGCAAUCCUCUGGUCUUGUCAUGGACGCAGCAGAGCCGGGGCUACCCCCAGCUCCAGAGAGCAGGAAGAGGUACAGUGACAUCUUCCGGAGCCUGGACAACCUCGAGAUCUCACUGGGGAACGUGACCCUUGAGAUGCUGCCUGGAGACCCCGUGCUUUCAGGAGACCCAGAGUCUGACAAGACCCCCACAGCCACUGAGACCAGUGAAACCAGCCUUUGGAGUGGCCUCUCCCUGGAGGGUCCGGCACCCCUUACAGGGGAAGAAUUGGACCUGCGGCUCAUUCGGACCAAGGGGGGUGUGGAUGCAGCUCUGGAGUAUGCCAAGACCUGGAGCCGCUAUGCCAAGGAGCUGCUGGCCUGGACCGAGAAGAGAGCCAGCCUUGAGCUAGAGUUUACCAAAAGCAUCAUGAAGAUCGCCGAGGCUGGCAAGGUGGCAAUCCACCAGCAGAGCCAUAUGCCACUGCAGUACAUCUACACCCUGUUUCUGGAACAUGACCUCAGCCUGGGAGCCCUGGCCAUGGAAACAGUGGCCCAGCAGAAAAGAAAUUUCUCCCAGCCCCUGGCAGCCAAACGAACUGAGAUCGAGAAGUGGCGGAAGGAGUUUAAGGAGCAGUGGCUGAAAGAGCAGAAGCGGAUGAACGAGGCGGUGCAGGCACUGCGGAGGGCCCAGCAACAGUACCUGCAGCGCAGCGAGGACCUGUGGGUUCGCUCCCAGGCGUCCCCUGAGGACCCGGUACCCCAGGCCUCGCCAGGACCCAGCAAACAGCAGGAGCGGCGGCGGCGAUCACGAGAGGAGGCUCAGGCCAAGGCGCAGGAGGCCUUGGCGCUGUACCAGGCCUGUGUCCGUGAGGCCAACGCACGGCAGCAGGACCUGGAGGCCGCCAAGCAGCGGAUCGUGUCGCAUGUGCGCAAGCUGGUGCUGCAGGGGGAUGAAGUGCUGAGGCGGGUGACCCUGGGACUGUUAGGGCUUCGAGGGGCGCAAGCAGAGCGUGGUCCCCGUGCCUUCUCUGCCCUGGCUGAGUGCUGUGAGCCCUUUGAGCCUGGCCAGCGCUACCAGGAGUACGUGAGGGCGCUGCGGCCCGAGGCCCCACCACCCCCGCCGCCUGCCUUCUCCUUCCAGGAGUUCGUGCCCACUGCACACAGCUCCCCUCUGGACACAAGAAAGAAGCUCUCUGGCCCCCUACCCCCACGGCUGGAUGAGAGCGCGGCUGAGGCAGGCCCUUGGGAUGAUGUAGGCACAGGCUGCCAGGGGACUCCAGGCCCCACUCCAAGCAGCGACGUGGACAGCGUGGGUGGUAGCAGUGAGUCUCGGUCCCUGGACUCUCCCACUUCCAGCCCAGGCCCUGGCACAAGGCGGUUGGUGAAGGUGUCAUCCACAGGCACCGAGUCCUCAGAUGACUUUGAGGAGCGAGACCCUGACCUGGGAGAUGGGCUGGAGAACGGCUCAGGAAGCCCCUUCAGGAAGUGGACACUAUCUGGCGCAGCCCAGACCCACCGACUGCGGCGGCUACGGGGCCCAGCCAAGUGCCGCGAGUGUGAAGCCUUCAUGGUCAGCGGGAUUGAGUGUGAGGAGUGCUUUCUGACCUGCCACAAGCGGUGCCUGGAGACUCUACUGAUCCUCUGUGGACAUAAGCGACUCCCUGCCCGGACUGCCCUCUUUGGAGUCGACUUCCUGCAGCUGCCCAGGGACUUCCCGGAGGAGGUGCCCUUUGUGAUCACCAGGUGCACGGCCGAGAUAGAACAGCGUGCCCUGGGUGUGCAGGGCAUUUAUCGGAUCAGCGGGUCCCGGGUGCGCGUGGAGAGGCUAUGCCAGGCUUUCGAGAAUGGCCGAGGGUUGGUGGACAUGUCAGGAAACUCCCCUCACGAUGUCUCGAGUGUCCUCAAGCGAUUCCUCCAGGAGCUCACUGACCCCGUGGUCCCCUUCCACCUCUACGACACCUUCAUCUCUCUGGCUAAGACCCUGCAUGCAGACCCUGGGCACGACCCUGGGACCCCCAGCCCCAGCCCUGAGGUUAUCUGCUCGCUGAAGACCCUCUUGGUGCAGCUGCCUGACUCUAACUACAGCACCCUGCGGCACCUGGUGGCCCAUCUGUUCAGGGUGGCUGCACAGUUUGAGGAAAACAAGAUGUCUGCCAACAACCUGGGCAUUGUGUUUGGGCCAACGCUGCUGCGGCCACCAGACGGUCCAGGGGCAGCUGGUGCUGGCCCUGUCACCUGCCUACUAGACUCUGGGCACCAGGCUCAGCUCAUUGAGUUCCUCAUUGUUAACUACGAGCAAAUCUUUGGGAUGGACGACCUCCCCGUGGCCACUGAGCCUCCACCCCAAGACCCCAGUCCAGCUCCUGGGGCUCUCACAAUCAACCCCCAGCCACCACCCUCAUACCCUGCCUCAGAUCCCCUGCCCUCAGUCCUAACCUCGGACCCCAACCCAGACCCUGAUCCCCACAGUACCUUGGAGAAGCAUCCUGAAGCUACGCCUCCUGAGAACAUGGACCUCCCCCCGACAAGCAGCCCGGAACUGGCGAAGGAGCAGUCAAUUCCAGUUCCACAGAGUGACGACAGAGAAGUGGCUGAUGACACCAAAGAGGAAGGAGAGGAAGUGUCCAGCCAAGGUCCAGAGGACUCACUCCUGGGAACACAAUCCCGUGGUCACUUCAGCCGCCAGCCAGUGAAAUAUCCCCGGGGCGGCGUUCGGCCAGUCACCCACCAGCUGUCCAGCUUGGCCCUGGUGGCUUCCAAAUUGUGCGAGGAGACCCUUGUGACAUCAGUGCCCCGAGGAAGCUUGCGGAGGAGGGGACCUGGCCCUACCGCCUCCUCCCCUGAGGGCAGCCCUCUGCGCCGCACCCCGCUGCCCAAGCAUUUUGAGAUCACCCAAGAGACGGCCCGGCUACUCUCCAAGCUACACAGCGAGGCUGUGCCCAACGCCACCUGCUGCCCAGACUCCCAACCUGAGGAAGUCGAGGACCAUCUCUGACCAUCCCAGCAUUCUGACCAAGGGGGAAAGGACUCAGAAGGUGUUUGUUCAGCUGGGGUGUCUGGAGAGUUCCUGUAAGGAAAGACUACAUGGCCUCAGGUACUAAAACCCUUUUGGAGGCAAUAUAUCAGGAUCCCUCAACUGGACACCGGUCACUGCCAAGCAUCAGGGCCACUCAGGUUCAGAGAGGUUAGUCAGGGUCAAUGCUCAGGGUCAAUAUAGGUCAUGGGAUUCUUGACAUCCACUCUAGUCUCUGACCCCUAGGACAGGGGUGCCUUUUGCUACUUUGGUUGUGGCCACUCCCCUACCUCUGCCUGUCUUCUUAGCUGACCUCAGGUGACCAGCACUUGGGAGUGGGCAGCCCAAACUCAACAUCCAGGUGGUACCUGGGGUGUGAUGGCCUCAGAAUAAACUGUGUCCUUUAUA